AUGGGCCUGCCCUUCCUCGGCGAGACGCUCUCCCUGCUCUGGCACUUCAAGCUGGCGCGCCGCCCGGACGCCUUCAUCGCCGGCAAGAGGCGUGCGCACGGGGCCGGGGCCGGCAUCUACCGGACGCACCUCUUCGGCUCCCCCGCCGUCAUCGUGUGCACGCCGGCCGCCAACAAGUUCGUGCUCCAGUCCGCCGACAGCUUCGGCGUGCGGUGGCCCAUGCCGGAGCUCGUCGGCCACACCUCCGUCGUCAACGUCGAGGGCGCCAGCCACGCCAGGCUCCGGGGGUUUAUCCUUGCCGCCAUCAACCGUCCCAGCUCGCUACAGACUAUCUCCACUGUUGUGCAGCCGCGUGUCGUGGCGGCGCUAGCGGCGUGGGCCAACAUGGGGACCAUCGUCGCCGCCACCGAGAUCAAGAAAGUGACGUUCGCCAACAUCUGCAAGAUGUUUAUAAGCAUGGAGCCGUCGCCAUUGACGUGCCAGAUCGACCGGUGGUUCGCCGGCUUGGUUGCUGGCCUCAGGGCAUUUCCCUUGGAUUUUCCAGGGACGGCAUUUCAUGGUGCUCGCAAGUGCCGUCGGAAGCUCAACGCGGUCUUCAGGCAAGAGCUCGAGGCAAGGAGGAAGGUGGACAAGGAGUGCGACGAUCUGAUGAGCGGGCUGAUGCACAUGGAGGACGAGCAGGGGAAGAAGCUGAGCGACGAGGAGGUGGUGGACAACAUCGUCUCCCUCGUCGUCGCCGGCUACGAGUCCACCGCCAGCGCCAUCAUGUGGGCUACCUACCACCUAGCCAAAUCCCCCGUUGCCCUUGCCAAGCUCCGAGAGGAGAACAUGGCAUUGAGCGAGAGCAAAGCCGGCUCACCGUUGAUGAUCACCCACGACGACCUCCCGAAGAUGAAGUACACAGCGAAGGUGGUGGAGGAGACGAUCCGGAUGGCCAAUAUCGCGCCCAUGGUGCACCGUGUGGCCAACAAGGACGUGGAGUACGGCGGGUACAUGAUUCCGGCAGGGUGGUCGGUGCUGGUGUGGGUGAGGUCGCUGCACACUGACCCCAACUUCUACCAUGAUCCCCUCACCUUCAACCCCGAUAGAUGGGAUGAGCCGGCGAAGCCAGGGACGUACCAGGUGUUCGGUGGCGGCUACAGGAUCUGUGUCACAUCCCUAGCUUUUGGAAAUUCCAGAAAAUUGUAA